ACACCAUCUCCUUUAUAGUAUCACCCUAUAAUUUCACCCCUUGAGUUGCAGCUAGCACUCUAGUAGAAGUUAUGGGUGGUUCAACUUUUUCAUUGAGCCUCAUCUUGAUGCUAACUGCUUCCAUGUUGGCUGUUAGUAUGGCCAACAAAGAUUGGCAUUUUGGCUUUAACUAUACCAAUUGGCCCUUCAAAGGAGGCCCUCCCCAAAGCCAAAAUGAUAUAUCAGGACCCAGAAAGAUCGUUGUAGGUGGCUCAGAGAACUGGCAAUUAAACUUUAACUACACCGAUUGGGCUCUUAAAAAUGGCCCCUUUUACCUAAAUGAUACUCUAGUGUUCAAGUAUGAUCCACCAACGAACGACUCCACAAUUCCUCACAGUGUAUACUUGCUACCAAACAUCUGGAGCUUCUUAACGUGCGAUUUAACAAGGGCAACAAUGGUGGCCAAUACAACACAAGGAGGGGGCGAGGGAUUUGAAUUUGUGCUGAAAAAGUGGCAACCCUACUAUUUUGCUUGUGGUGAGCGUAAUGGCUAUCAUUGCAAGGCUGGGCAGAUGAAGUUCUUUGUCAUGCCACUGUUUCGCCAAUGGCAUUGAUGACGAAGGAGCUAAGGAUGUUUUAUUACUACGUGCUACCUACUACCUAGCUAGGGUUUUUUCCCCCAUAUUUACUUUCUAAAGUUGUUGCGAGCAAGAUUUGUUUUUAGAUUAUUUCCUUAAGAUAAGCAAUGAGUGCUAAAUAAAUCUAUGAGAUGAGAGUGAAUAAGUGUACUUCUAUAUGGUGAUAGUCUGAUAGUCCUGCAUUGAUGCGAUGCUUUGAUGUAAUAUUGACUUCAUAUAGAAAAGCUUUUGAAUUUUAUGCAAUUGGAAAGAUUGAUCAUGUUUGGAGAUUAAAUUCAAUAAAAAUUCAGCGUAAAUGCUUUA